AUGUCCUUCGCAGUGCGCAUUCCUCGCCAGCUGUCUAGCCACCUCUCCCGUCUCCGUGAUCUUGCCCGGCAGUCUCCUGGUGAUGCGGCCCCGCUUCAGGGAAACUACAACUCCCUUCCCAAUCGACUAGCUGAUGUCUUCCUCCGUACUUGGGAUCUCGGCUUCACAGCUUUUGGCGGCCCGCCAGUGCAUUUCCAGAUCUUGCACCAAAGAUUUGUAGAGGGUAGAGGUGGAAAGCAGAAAUGGGUGGACGAGGAGACUUAUCAAGAACUAUUUGCAAUAUGCCAGGGUCUCCCAGGCCCCGGGAGUACGAAGAUGAUCUUCUGCCUCACAUUGCUACACGCUGGCUUCAUCCCAGCUCUGUUUGUCUUUUUGAUCUGGAGUCUUCCCGGAGCAAUCGGCAUGUACGCUCUGUCUCUUGGUGUCCAGCGUAUAAAUGAGAUUCUGCCCUUACCGGUCUACGCCCUUCUUUCUGGACUAAAUGCUUCGACCGUUGGCAUCGUAGCACUAGCCGCCGUGCAGCUUGCUGAGAAAGCAAUCAAAGAUAAGCUCACCCGUAUCCUAGUACUUUUUGGAGCGUGUGCAGGUCUAUGUUACAAUGCAUUAUGGUACUUCCCCGUGCUAAUGCUCAUCGGUGGUCUCACCAGCGUCAUCUGGGACGGCUGGAUGAGUCAAAUGAUAGGCAAGGCGAGGGCAAAGCUCAAUCGAAGAAACAGAGACCCAGAGUCCACAGGAGAGGAAUUUGGUGUCACUAAUACUAUUCAGCUUGAUGACCGAACAGACAGCCACGAUAAUAUACAUAGAAGGAAUGUUACUGCUGCGGGCUCUAUCAAAUCAAGCAAUACAGCAUUGGAUUUGCAGCAUACUUCUGCAGGCAACUCACGGUUAGACGCAGAGCAAGCUGCCAGAAAUGAUGUCUCAGACCAUGUGAUCCGUAUCAAGGCUGGGAUCGCGAUUACCGCUGUCUUCUUUGCUUCCUUUACGGCCAUUCUUGUAGCACGAGGCACUCUCGAGGCCCCCCCGCUCGCUCUCGAUCUAUUUGCCAACAUGUAUCUGGCCGGUACUAUCAUCUUUGGUGGUGGUCCAGUGGUUAUUCCCCUUCUUCGUUCAUAUGUUGUCGAUCCCGGCUGGGUCAGUAGCAGAGAUUUUCUGAUGGGUCUGGCAAUAAUUCAGGCCUUCCCUGGUCCCAACUUCAACUUUGCUGUAUACCUCAGUGCACUUGCGUUGCAACGCUCGCAGUUUCCAACUGUCUUUAGUGCGUUCUUAGGCUUCCUUGGCAUUUUCGUUCCUGGAAUCACACUAGCUGUUGCUAUGCAGAGCUUCUGGCGGGUGCUACGGACAAAGAAGUGGGUAGUAGACCUACUACGAGGAGUAAAUGCGACAGCCGUGGGCUUAGUUUUUACGGCCGUUUACAGACUGUGGGAGAUCGGCUAUCUCGUACCUGAAGACAGUCGUGGACGGAGUUUGGCAUCGGAACCAUGGUGGGUCGUAGUUGCGGCAGUUACAUACGCGGAGAGUGCCUGGUUCAAUGUUCCCCCGGCCGUUGCCAUUGUGAUGGGCGCCGUGUUAGGGCUUUGCUGGUACGGUGCAGUUGGACGAUAA